AUAGGAUUGGUAGAAGAAAUUACAGUUCACCACCUCCCUGUCACCUUUCCAGGCAGGUCCCUUAUGAUGAAAUCUCUGCUGUUCAUCAGCAUAGUUAUCAUCCUUCAGGGCAAACCUAAGAGUCAACUGACGUCUUUCCAGUCCUCUCCUUAUAAUAAAUCGCCCAAGAGCCAUGGCCUUCAGAGUCAACCUUGGCAGAAAUUGAGGAAUGAGAAGCACCAUAUCAGAGUCAAGAAAGCACAGAGUCUUGCUGAGCAGACCUCAGAUACAGCUGGAUUAGAGAGCUCGACCAGAUCAGAGAGUGGGACAGACCUCAGAGAGCAUAGCCCUUCUGAGAGUGAGAAGGAAGUUGUGGGUGCAGAUCCCAGGGGAGCAAAACCCAAAAAAGCAACACAAUUUGUAUACAGCUAUGGUAGAGGACCAAAAGUCAAGGGGAAACUCAAAUGUGAAUGGAGUAACCGAGCAACUCCAAAACCCGAGAUGCUGGACCCGAAAAUACCAAACCUGUGGGGGUUUUCCACCCUGACUCUUCAGAUGCAUCCUCUAGAAAAGGAGUAUUGGAUGGGUAUGGAGCCAGACGAAAUGAGCAGAGAAGAUACCCACAGAAAAGGCCUCCCUGGGAAGUGGAGGGGGCCAGGCCACGACCAGGCAGAAAUCCACCCAAACAGGAGGGCCACCGACAUGCAAAUGCAGGACACAGAAACAACAUGGGCCCCAUUCCAGGAUAACGUCAAUGAAAGACCAGCAAAAUCUACCUGUGACAGUGAGAACUUGGCAGUCAUCAACAAGUCUUCCAGGAGGGUUGACCAAGAGAAAUGCACUGUACGGAGGCAGGAUCCUCAAGUAGUAUCUCCUUUCCCCAGAGGCAAACAGAACCAUGUGCUAAAGAAUGUGGAAACGCACACAGGUUCUCUGAUUGAACAACUAACUACAGAAAAAUAUGAGUGCAUGGUGUGCUGUGAAUUGGUUCGCGUCACGGCUCCAGUGUGGAGUUGUCAAAGCUGUUACCAUGUGUUUCAUUUGAACUGCAUAAAGAAAUGGGCAAGGUCUCCAGCAUCUCAAGCAGAUGGCCAGAGUGGUUGGAGGUGCCCUGCCUGUCAGAAUGUGUUCUGCUUGACAUGUUCCUCAAAUACUCACUUGAUGUUCGUGUGUCCAGGCAAGGUAAAGAAUCCUGAGUGGAGCAGAAAUGAAAUUCCACAUAGCUGUGGUGAGGUUUGUAGAAAGAAACAGCCUGGCCAGGACUGCCCACAUUCCUGUAACCUUCUCUGCCAUCCAGGACCCUGCCCACCCUGCCCUGCCUUUAUGACAAAAACAUGUGAAUGUGGACGAACCAGGCACACAGUUCGCUGUGGUCAGGCUGUCUCAGUCCACUGUUCCAACCCAUGUGAGAAUAUUUUGAACUGUGGUCAGCACCAAUGUGCUGAGCUGUGCCAUGGGGGUCAAUGCCAGCCUUGCCAGAUCAUUUUGAACCAGGUAUGCUAUUGCGGCAGCACCUCCCGAGAUGUGUUAUGUGGAACCGAUGUAGGAAAGUCUGAUGGAUUUGGGGAUUUCAGCUGUUUAAAGAUAUGUGGCAAGGACUUGAAAUGCAGUAACCAUACAUGUUCACAAGUAUGCCACCCUCAGCCCUGCCAGCCAUGCCCACGGCUCCCCGCACUGGUGCGCUGUUGCCCCUGUGGCCAAACUCCUCUCAGCCAAUUGCUAGAACUUGGAAGUAGUGGUCGGAAAACGUGCAUGGACCCUGUGCCUUCAUGUGGAAAAGUGUGCGGCAAGCCCCUGCCUUGUGGCUCCUUAGAUUUCAUUCAUACCUGUGAAAAGCUCUGCCAUGAAGGAGACUGUGGACCAUGCUCUCGCACAUCAGUUAUUUCCUGCAGAUGCUCUUUCAGAACAAAGGAGCUUCCAUGUACCAGUCUCAAAAGUGAAGAUGCUACAUUUAUGUGUGACAAGCGGUGUAACAAGAAGCGGUUGUGUGGACGGCAUAAAUGUAAUGAGAUAUGCUGUGUGGAUAAGGAGCACAAGUGUCCUUUGAUUUGUGGGAGGAAACUCCGUUGUGGCCUUCAUAGGUGUGAAGAACCUUGUCAUCGUGGAAACUGCCAGACAUGCUGGCAAGCCAGUUUUGAUGAAUUAACCUGCCAUUGUGGUGCGUCAGUGAUUUACCCUCCAGUUCCCUGUGGUACUAGGCCCCCUGAAUGUACCCAAACCUGCGCUAGAGUCCAUGAAUGUGACCAUCCAGUAUAUCAUUCUUGUCACAGUGAGGAGAAGUGUCCCCCUUGCACUUUCCUAACUCAAAAGUGGUGCAUGGGCAAGCAUGAGCAGUCCCACUACUGGGCGUCUACCCAGAAGAAAAGAAGUCAUUAUAUGAAAUUUUUAUAUUUCAGAAUAGCUGCAAUUUCCAUGGCCUCUAAGAUAACAGACAUGCAACUUGGAGGUUCAGUGGAGAUCAGCAAGUUAAUUACCAAAAAGGAAGUUCAUCAAGCCAGGCUGGAGUGUGAUGAGGAGUGUUCAGCCUUGGAAAGGAAAAAGAGAUUAGCAGAGGCGUUUCAUAUCAGUGAGGAUUCCGAUCCUUUCAAUAUACGUUCUUCAGGAUCAAAAUUCAGUGAUAGUUUGAAAGAAGAUGCCAGGAAGGACUUAAAGUUUGUCAGUGACGUUGAGAAGGAAAUGGAAACCCUCGUGGAGGCCGUGAAUAAGGGAAAGAAUAGUAAGAAAAGCCACAGCUUCCCUCCCAUGAACAGAGACCACCGCCGGAUCAUCCAUGACCUGGCCCAAGUUUAUGGCCUAGAGAGCGUGAGCUAUGACAGUGAACCAAAGCGCAAUGUGGUGAUCACUGCCGUCAGGGGGAAGUCCAUUUGUCCUCCUACAACGCUGACAGGUGUGCUUGAAAGGGAAAUGCAGGCACGGCCUCCACCACCAAUUCCUCAUCACAGACAUCAGUCAGACAAGAAUCCUGGGAGCAGUAAUUUACAGAAAAUAAUCAAGGAGCCAAUAAUUGACUAUUUUGAUGUCCAGGACUAAGAUCAAGGUGCCCUUAGAUAAAAAAAUGAUUAGGUGUAGUGAGGACUCAUUUGCCAGCAGAUAAAUCAUGCCUGUUCCCCUCUGGCAGAAUCACAGUCUCACAUACUGUCUUGUACUGACACAUCCAAAGCAUGAGUGUGUCAGAAAUCCCUUGUCUAUUCCUAUCUGUAUAAAGUGUUUCAUUAUGACCAGAUCUCCGAUUGUAUGGUCACUAGGUAUGCAAUUGUGUAUUCAAAGAGGCUCUUCACACCAUCACUGUGAUUCCUCUGAGAGUUGGGGGACUAUUGGGUUUUAUUUGGAACAAACCAUACUUUUAGCCUGAAACCAACUUUAUGCCACUAAGUCAUAGCCUCAGUUGUCCCAGUUAUUUGUUCUCCUGAAAAUGCCUGAAACAUCAGACAGACAUUGCUUGCUUUACCCAAACUGAUUAAACUCUUUAGGAGCGCAAAUGAAUUUCUUAGUCUGAAAUACCAAAUAAUGAAUUGGUAUACCAUAUCUGAAAUUACACAUGUUGUCUUAAACCCAGCCAUCUUACCUAAGUCUUUUGCCAAAACCUCUCAUAGGUAUAUUUAGCUGAACUUACUUUAGCGUUUCCCAAUGUGAUCAGUUCUAGACCUAGAAGGGGUCUAAAACUGCUUUACAGAUUUCCAUUUCCUUAAGUCCCCUGGCACUUAUUGUAUCACAUCACUGAGCCUGUUCAAUAACAAUCAGUUUGGCCGUCCCCCAUGAUGGUAGGGGAUAUAUAGAGCAAGUUUUUCUGCCAGGUUCACACUGUGGUCUCUGAACUGACCAGUAUAUUCCUAACUCCUCUCUGAUAGAGAAAGAGUCUCAAAUGGACAACUGUCCUGUGUUGCUUUUCCCUAGGCCUUCAGCAGCCAUAUUGACUCUCCCUGCCUCUGAGCUCUGGACUCUGUUCGAAUAUCCUGAGUAGUGUAUGGACAGUUCAGGGCUUAUGCCCAGCAGCCCACUGGAGGCAUUCUUCAGGCUCCUUUAAGGCAGGUGCAUUGAUAGUUCCAUUAGUAUGACCCUUGCAUUGGCACCCCUCCAGCCUGGAGGCCAGGCCUCCAGCAACUUCCUUCUGCCCCAGAACAAGUCACAAGCCCCAGAGCAACAGCAGGAGACUUGAGAAGUAGAGUCACGAAAACAAGCACUUAAUUAAAUUACAAAAUUUAACUUUA